CUUCCGGUCUGACCCGGAAGUAGUUUGUUAGCACUCAGCAACAGUUAGCUUGUAGCCUGUUAGCACAAACCGGGUUUUUCAUGUUGUGAUUAAAGGACGCUGAAAAAACAACAAUAUGUCAGAGCAAACGAUAACAGUGACAGUUGCAUACGGGUCUACUAAGCACAGCAUCACACUGACUGGCCAGGAUGAAGGCAAGGGCCCCAUCGUCAAAGACCUGUCAGAUGCUCUCACCAAAGCUACUGGAGUUCCUCAAACCUCACAGAAACUCAUCUUUAAAGGAAAAUCGCUGAAGGACGUGGAGGAGAGUUUGUCCAGCUACGGCGUAAAAGAAGGGUGCAAACUCAUGCUGAUUGGGAAACGGAACAGUCCUGAGGAAGAAGCUGAACUGAAGAAGCUGAAAGACAUUGAGAAAUCUGUGGAAACGACAGCUAAAAAGCUGGAGAAGGUAGACGGGGAGUUGACCGGACUCAAGAAUGGCUUCCUGGCCAAAGACCUGCAGGCGGAGGCGUUGGGUAAACUGGACCACAGAGUGAAAAUAGCAGCUGAACAGUUCAUGAAGAUCCUGGAGCAGAUUGAUGCUUUGAGUAUCCCAGACAAUUUCAAUGACUGCAAAAUGAAGAAAAAGGGACUCGUAAAGAUUGUGCAGGACUUCCUGGCCCAGUGUGACAAGACCGAGGCUUGUAUAUCGGACCACCUAUCAAAGAUCCAGUCAAAAAACCUUGCCCUGGGGGAGUAGAG